CCACCUUCCUGCCCACCCCGCUCAAUCGCUCCUCCCCCAGACGCAAGCAGAGCUGACACGAAGUGAGGAAGCCAAGAAACGCCGGCGAUCGAUCAAGAUGGACAUCCUGGAGCAGCCCCUGGAGGCCGUCGCCUUCCGCAUCCACUCCCUCCCCGAGGUGGCCGCGGCGGGCGCGGCGGCGUGGACCUGCCUCGCCGCCGUCCUCGCCGCGGCCGCCGCUGCCGGCGUCUGGCGCCUGCGCUCCUCCACGCCGUCGUCCACUGUUAUCGCCGAAGGAUCCUCGAAGCCUUUGGAGCUGGAUACGUCCCCGUUGUUGGUACCAGCGGAGACGGAGAGAUCGCUGGGGAGCUGGAGAUCGUCUGAGCCGACGAUGUCGUCGUCGCUGCCGGCGCUGUCGCCCAGGGAGAGGUACACGGCGUACUACCACGACAGCGGCUGCGUCGGAUGCUGCGACGUGGAGAGCGACGAGGAGGAGGAGGAUCGGGAUCCCGAAGAUGACUACGGCGUGUACGGGCCGGCGGAGACGGAUCCUUCCGAAUGGGAGGUGGUGAGGUCACUGCCUCUCGCGGCGACAACUGCUACGGGAACGUGGCGGUACAAGAGCCCGAGGGCGCUCAGCGGCAGCGUGGUGCGGCUGUGGGAUGAAGGCGCCGACGGGAGCUUCAUGGCCGCCGCGGCGAGCCGGAGACGGAGGGGCAGAGCCGGCGCCGUGUCGAGCUUCUGAUCACUCAAAGCCACUGUAGCAUUGUUUCUUUCUUUUAUUCUGGAAGAAUGAAAUUGGCAAUAAACUGUAAUCUUAGGUGGAAGCAAAAUGUUUCCGUAGGUGAAUUAGAUAGCCGAUGUACCCUGCACAUAUAAUGUUUUCAUCCAGUCAGAUCAGUUAUUGCUUGCAACUCCAGUUCCUCUGCUGGUGCUGGAUGCCCAACGA